AUGGUAUCGAUGAGGCCUAACAUCGCCCCGUUAAAGAUCGCGAAACCGAACUCCAACAUCACAGUGGUGUCCAACAACUCCGCGGAACACCACAUGACAUUUAAUCCAAAACGCUUCUAUAACAACAACGGCCAAUCUCAGAUCACCCCGCCGUUGACACCACAAACGAAGGUACCCACCAUGGAUCGAGAUCAGGCUGAGAUGCCACGGUCUGUCUUUCACAAUUACCUUCGCGCUUUCUAUCCAUUUCACCCAGCCGGAAAUGUGUCGCCUUCAACGGUCACCCUGCCCUUGGACCAGGGAGAUAUUAUCCUGGUCCACUCUGUUCACACCAACGGCUGGGCCGACGGCACAUUAUUGGACUCUGGCAAUCGAGGUUGGCUACCCACGAACUACUGUGAGGCAUACGACCAGUUGCCUAUGCGGCCCUUACUUAAGGCUCUGACGGAUUUCUGGGAUAUAAUUCGCGGAGGAUGCGGGUCAUCACUGAAAGAUUUUGGCGAUCAGGACCUUAUGAGAGGCCCAAUCGCCGGCGUUCGAUUUCUGCUGGAAAAAUCAGAAUGUCUGACUCGGGAGUCACCAUUGGUCAAGCGGUAUGAUGGGUUGCGCAGGAUUCGCAAGGCUUUGUUGUCAGAUCUUUCUGCCUUGGUCAAGAGCCACAAGAAAUUCCAGGAACUUGCCAACAGCACCCCGUCAGAAGAUGAGGUGGAGGGCAUGCUGGACGAGAUGCUGCUGAAGGCAUUCAAGAUCGUUACCCGUGGUGUCCGUUUCCUUGACAUCUGGAACGAGGAAGUGGGAUUGAGCCGGACCAUCGCCGAAUUAGAUCAAUCAACCAGCGACAACCAGAGCCUGUAUUCGAUGCCCCCGACACCUGCCUCCGAGACUUUCACCCUGCCAGACAUCGCACCUGUCUCUGAGGCCGCUGCGGAGCAGCCCGAGCCGCGACACCUGAGCCGCAGUCGUAUGGAUGUCAGCCGAGCGUCGAUGCGCACGGAAAUGAUUGAUCACCAGCCUCGACCUGUCUCCAUUGCAACCAAGCGCAUCUCCGUCUCUCACCGGAUAUCAUGUACUGGUCCUUCUUCUGCUAUCCGUGCUCAGAACCUCGCCUCCGAGAGGUUAGGCACGACCUAUGAUGCUUUUCUGGGCGUGCUGGGAUCCUUCAUUGGCUUGCACAUGCAGUCUCGCUCAUCCACGGAGCUGGUUGUUACCACUCAGCAAGCCGUGCAAUCCUGCCGAGGGCUGUUGAACGUCGUGGAAGCCGUGUGCGAACACGACACCCAGCGGAGCGCUUUCCUCGAGCAGGCGCGCGACACGAUGCACGAGAAGCUAUCCGAGCUGGUGCAGGCUGCGCGCGAAGCCUUUCGACCAGCCAACUCGCCAGAUGAUGAUUUGGUGUUCAUGCCAGACGAAGGCAGACGCCUCGUCGACGCUGCGACGGACUGUGUGCGAGCAGCUGGCAACUGUUUGGCCAAGGCUCGCCUGGUGCUGGAGCGGAUCGGAGACAUCGAACUCGAGCCGAGCGAUGAAUCGCCGGUCGAGGCGCCUGCUGGCAUGCAGGUCGGAGAGCAAAACCAACCGCAGGAACUGUCUCUGCGCCUACCUCCUCCGCCUCUGCAGAUUCCAAACACAACCUAUUCCCCUUCCACCCCUGGCCUAACCGAAGCCACCACCCCCUCGUCCUUCCACUCUCAAUUCCCAUCUGCCAGCCCUAAAAACCCCUCUGCCUUGUCCUCAUUUCCCAACUCGGCCACUCUCCCUACCCACUUCGAAAAGACCUCUUUCUCUUCCCACGACAACGCCUACCGCACCAGCCAUCCCAAGUCGGACAUGAGUGAAUCCUUCGGCCGGGGUGUCACAAGCACGGGUAGUAGCUUCACCUAUAACAGCCACGCCCGCGACUCCGAAAUGAGCGGUGUUUCUCAGACUUCGACUCGCGCUACUUCGCCCGACAUUGGCAAUAGCUACCAAGGGCCGUCCCUGAAGGAGAGCGUGAGCCACUCGACCUUGGCUGAGGAAAAUGAGGAGACCGAGGCCAACAUCCUCGAAAAGACAUACGCGUAUGAGUUGAUCUACAAGGAGGGUCAAGUCAUGGGCGGUAGCCUGCGGGCUCUGAUUGAGAAGCUCACCGCGCACCAGUCCACUCCCGAUGCGAUGUUCGUCUCGACUUUCUAUCUUACGUUCCGUCUGUUCGCUACGCCUCUCGAGUUCGCCGAGGCGCUUGGUGAACGGUUCGACUACAUUGGCGAUACGCCUCACACGGCAGGACCCGUCCGGCUGCGCGUCUACAACAUUUUCAAGGGCUGGCUGGAGUCGCAUUGGCGCCACGACCGUGACAAUGUGGCUCUGGACUACAUUGUCGGCUUUGCCGCAACCCGGUUGAUCAAGGAGCUACCUACGGCUGGAAGGCGUCUCCUGGAACUGGCUGAUAAGGUGUCGGCCGUCCUCGGGCCGGUAGUGCCGCGCUUGGUCUCGUCCAUGGGCAAGACCAACACGGCCACCGCUCUAUACGUGCAUCCUGAUACCCCCCUCCCUCCCCCCAUUCUGGGUAAGAAGGAGACAAGCCUGCUCAAGCAGUGGAAGAACGGAGAAGUCUCGAUCACCAUUUUGGAUUUCGACCCAUUGGAGCUGGCCCGCCAGUUUACCAUCAUGGAGUCGCGCAUCUUCUGCUCUAUUCUCCCCGAGGAGCUCCUCGACACGGAAUGGACAAGGAAGUCCGGCUCGCUGGCGGUCAAUGUUCGCGCCAUGUCCACCCUGUCGACAGAUCUGGCCCACCUGGUUGUGGACUCCAUCCUGCAUCUCGAAGAGCCCAAGAAGCGAGCGCAGAUCAUCAAGCACUGGGUUAAGAUCGCCAACAAGUGCCUGGAGCUGAACAACUAUGACUCGCUGAUGGCGAUCAUCUGCUCGAUCAACUCGUCAAUGAUCUCGCGUCUCAAGAGGACAUGGGAAGUCGUCUCCCAGAAGACCAAAGCCACCCUGGAGCACCUCCGCAGCAUUGUCGAUGUGUCUCGCAACUACGCCGUGCUGCGCCAGCGCUUGCAAAACCAUGUUCCUCCAUGCCUGCCUUUUGUGGGCACCUAUCUCACCGACCUCACCUUCGUGGAUCAUGGCAACCAGUCGCUGCGCACUCUCCCCACCGAUGAGGGCGAGAUGGCUGUGAUCAACUUCGACAAGCACAUGAAGACAGCCCGUAUCAUCAGCGAGCUGCAGCGCUUCCAGAUCCCCUAUCGCCUCACCGAGAUCCCUGAGCUGCAGACCUGGAUGCAAAACGAGCUGGUGCGCGUCCGUUCCAACGGCGAGUCCAGCCUGCAGACCUUCUACCGUCGCUCGCUGGUCCUGGAGCCCCGCGAGGCUAAUCGCAGCGCUACCAACUUGCACACCGCCGAGUCCAAUCCGUCCCUGCGUGACAACACCAAAGACAAGUUCGACUUCCUGUCAUGGACAAAUCAAUCCAAAGUGAAGUCGGUCGCCUCACAUGGCUGA